GAAUGUGUGCUUCUUGUUCUUCCCCAUCUCUCUCUCUUCUUUCCUUUCAUCCUCUCUCUUCCUUAUCACUUUGAUCUUAUUCCAAAUCUUCUCUCUAGGCUCAUAUAUUUUGUCAGACAAAUAAAACUUCUGACAAUGGAAGCAACCAGAUUCUCUGCUCUGUCAGCUCUUCUUCUACUGUUUAUGUCACUGCCUCUCUCUGUGACUUCAAAGGACCAAACUGUUUCUUGCACAAUGUGUUCCUCUUGCGACAAUCCAUGCAAUCCCGUCUCUUCUUCUUAUCCUCCUCCUCCUCCAAGCUCCGGUGGCGGUGGUUCUUACUAUUACUCUCCUCCUCCUCCUCCUCCUUCCAGCUCAGGUGGUUCUAAAUACCCGCCUCCUUACGGCGGAGACGGUGGACAAGGUUACUAUUAUCCGCCUCCAUAUAACGGAGGUUACGGGAUGCCGUCACCGCCGAAUCCGAUCGUUCCUUACUUCCCGUUUUACUAUCACACACCUCCUCAGGGCCACGGGUAUUCAGAUUCUGGAUCGGAUCGUUUACAGGGUCGUUCUCUUCUCUUUGCUCUCUUCGCCGCCGUGCUGCUCUGUUUCGUGUGACGGAGAUUCAUAUAUGGAUUUACCUACCUACCUGGAAAUGAUCAACGAUGUAUCAAGAACUGAAUUAUCUUUUACCAUUAUAACUUCUUACAUUUUUGUUGACAGUUUGUAUUUAAUAUUAUAUAUUUUUAAUCAAUUUAUAACUACUCCGUUGUUCAGUAUCUUCAGAUUAUAUGAGAUAUUGGUUGAUAUGAA